UCUCCUCUCUCUCCCUCUCCAUCUCUCGCCGCAUUGGGGAAAACUGGUUCGUCCGAAGACUGGCAGAGAAGAUGUCCACUUUAAUCCUCAAAGUAGAUCUUGAAUGCACAAUCUGCUCCAAGAAAAUUAGGAAGGUGCUCGGCAAACUCCAAAAUCGAGAAAACAUUCGAUCUGUAGAGUACAACGAAAAAGAGAGCAAAGUGAUCGUCUCCGGCCCAUUCGAUCCCAAGAAGCUUUCCAAGAAACUCUGUUGCAAAGCCUGCAAGGUCAUCAAAGAUAUUCAGAUCAAGCAGAACAAACCCGAUAAACCACCUCCACCUCCACCUCCGCCUCCGCCUCCGCCUCCGCCUCCGCCUCCGCCUCCGCCUCCACCUCCGCCUCCGCCCGAUAUACCGUCUACAUGUCCGUACCCGUACCCAUAUCCGUACCCGUACCCGUACCGGUAUCCGGAGGUUUGGCCUUUCAUUCCAGUAUGUGGAUGCUAUGGAAGGUGCACCUGCAAGGUGGUGCCAACUUGUGCCGCGCCAUGCUACGAUGGGUGCAGAACUUUGAAGUUCAUCUGCGAGGACGAACCUUCGUCCUGCUCGAUCAUGUGAUCUCUCCUUGUUAUUUUAAUUUGCGUUAUUUUUCAAUUGCGUACGAUAAUAAAUUGG